CUGUUACAAAUCCUCUCAUCACGACUCGAUUCUCUUCUCGACCGGCACGCCAUGGAAGAGGACAGAAAUAAGCUGCAGGCCUUGUCUGAAGCUCUCCAAAAAUUCCAAGACGAUCUACAAACCGCGGUGGAAGCACGUCAAAAACUCGAAGCGCAGCAGCAAGAAAACAAGGCUGUCCAGAAAGAAUUCGCAUCGCUGCCCGACGAUGCCGGGAUUUACAAACUGGUCGGCCCAGUAUUGCUGAAGCAGGACAAGACGGAGGCUGUAAAUGCGGUCGACGGCCGGCUCGAUUUCAUCACCAAGGAAAUAACCAGGCGGGAGGCUAGGAUCAAGGAGUUGCAGGAAGGGAGCGAAAAGAAGAGAGUCGAGCUGAUGCAGCUCCAACAAAGGAUACAAAUCGCCGCGCAGGAGCAGGGCGCAGGCUGAAGAAAACAUCGAACAUGUGCGAGGGAGCACCGACGACUUGAACAGUUUCUAACAGCGAGAUCGUGAUUUGACCACGCAUCAUGUCCAAUCUCCAUUCAUUACGACAGUCGCCACCGAAGCCCGGCAUCGUAAACCCUGGCUGAGUCCUAGACUGCUGCAGGCGCUUGCGUCCAUCCCCCUCGAGUCGGCACUAAUCGCAAUGUCCGCCCUGCGGCCCUAUUCAAUGGGAAGUGUUCAGGAUAUGAAGGCAGCUCGAGACAUUUUGCUGUUAGAGCUUAUGCUGGGUCUUUCAUUUCAGCGUAUUUCUCACAUCUCCACGAGUCUUUGCAUGGCGUUGCGAGAUGUGCUGGGCACAGAUAUUGAGAAAAUGCCACGGGAAAGCGCUUCCGGAAAGAGGAAACGCCAUUUGCAGUGGUAGCUUGCGUUAGAAAGCACAGAGUUUCUCGAACCUGAUGGGCUCCUCAAGUGCUCCGAGAGGCAUUGAGUCUCGUACUUGAGCUGCAUGCGAUUUGCCUUUCGUCGGCUGGCUAUGUUCCAUGACGCGAGUCUCAUUGUAGAAUACAAGCAUGAAGGCCUAGACUUCUCCAGCUUCUGUACGACAAGGCUGAGGCUGAGGCUGAGGCUGCGCUGAUCACAAGGCUGUGAGCGCUCCUUCUAGUCAUCGAUUUGAUUGGUGGAUCUGCGGAAUAGGCUUGGCAG